UUAAAGGGAAAGCCAGCGAGAGGGACACAGGGAGGCUGCUGCUUCUCCAUCCCAGGCAGAAGCAGAGCAGCGGCUCGCGGGGAGCCCGUGGAUAGAAGCCCUGGUCUGGGACUUAGGAUACUUGGGUUCUGUUCUCGUCUACUGACCUGCUGUGUCCUUGGGAGAACCACUUGCCAGGACUGAGGGGGAUAAAAAGAAGAAGUUAAGGGACAUUCAGGAGGAGCAAAUUGAUUUUUAACAGGAUCCCGUCUGAAUUAAAUGGCUGAUAAACAGAUCAGUUUACCUGCCAAGCUGAUCAAUGGAGGGAUAGCUGGGCUGAUUGGAGUUACCUGUGUAUUUCCCAUUGACUUGGCAAAAACUCGCCUGCAGAACCAGCAAAAUGGCCAGCGGAUGUACACCAGCAUGUCUGACUGCCUCAUUAAGACAAUCCGGUCAGAAGGUUACUUCGGCAUGUACAGAGGGGCUGCGGUGAACCUGACUCUAGUGACACCAGAAAAGGCCAUCAAGCUAGCGGCCAAUGACUUCUUCCGGUAUCAUCUCUCCAAAGAUGGGAAGAAGCUGACGCUGCUGAAAGAGAUGCUGGCCGGCUGCGGGGCGGGCACCUGCCAGGUGAUUGUCACUACUCCCAUGGAGAUGCUCAAAAUCCAGCUGCAGGAUGCAGGCCGAAUUGCGGCCCAGAAGAAGCUAAUGGCAGCACAAGCUCAGCUCUCCUCCACCACUAGUGCUGGGGCAGCAGAGUCAGUAGUGGAGACACGGACCACGGCGACGCAAAUCACCAGGGAACUACUUCGGAGCAAAGGCAUCGCGGGGCUUUACAAGGGCCUUGGGGCCACGCUGCUAAGAGAUGUCCCGUUUUCCAUCGUUUACUUCCCGUUGUUUGCGAACCUAAACAAGCUGGGCCAGAAGAGCCCUGAUGUCAAGGCCCCGUUCUACGUGUCCUUCCUAUCCGGGUGCCUGGCGGGCAGCACGGCAGCGGUGGCUGUGAAUCCGUGUGAUGUAAUCAAGACAAGGCUGCAGUCCUUGAAAAGGGGAGUGAAUGAGGACACAUACUCAGGAAUCCUAGACUGCACCAGGAAAAUCUGGCAGAAGGAAGGGCCCCUGGCCUUCCUGAAGGGGGCGUAUUGCAGAGCCUUGGUCAUCGCCCCACUCUUCGGCAUUGCACAAGUCGUCUAUUUCAUAGGCAUCGCAGAAUUCUUCCUAGACAUGCUUCCGAAGCGCCGGGAUUAAUCCUCAUGCGCGCUCACUGCUGGUCAGAAUUCAUCCAGCAUUCGUCGUCGUCGAUGGUUUCUGAGCAACAGCACAAAGGGUUAAAGCAGCAGCCUCGAGGGUGAAGGUCGUCUCCCAAACAAAAAGUCCGUUCCACCUCUCGAUAUGCCCCUACCCCUUCUGGCCCUCCAGGACAAUGCUUAAUUAUGCAUAUCUAUUAUUUUUAAUUGUCAUUCUUAAAGACACUGGUUAGCACAGACUGGGCUCACAGACCCCGGACCUUCUCCCAGCAAUGGGGGGGGAAGAAACUGACCACACCUUCUGAAUUACCAGGUAGUCAAGAAAGGAGCAAAGUACCAGACUUUGUUCCCCUAGUCCCUCUUCUGAUGUACCAGGCCUCUGGGAAGAUAAGGCCCCAGCACACCUUCUAAAAGGGGACCCAUAUUGUCAGUAGAGGAAGCAGGUAGAUGCCGCAAUCAAAAAGUUUCUUUAUAAGGACCUGUCCUGAAACUCCCCUAAAAUCAGCUGGACUUGGAUGAACUUCUUGGAGAUCAGAGGAGGGGGAAGGUUUUUUUGUUGUUUUUGUUUUUUGUUUUGUUGUUUUUUUUUUAAUUUUAUUUUAAUCAAAGGGACUUCCCUCUUAAAUAGGGGCCAUGGGGCCUAUGUGGAGGGAGAUGUACACUUCACGUAUUUGCAACACGUCUACUCUGAAAGAGUAUGUCUGUGGGAUCAUGCGUGAAUGUCUUCAGGUGCAUGAGUGUUUAGCUACGAGCUACAAGCGGGAGAGGGGAGAAUUUAAUGACAUGGGAUCAACUUUUUAUUUAUACAGGAAAACCAAAUCCAAUUACAUUCCUUAAAUCAGUCCAGCUCUAAUGUGUCAAGCAGUUGCUCUACCUAGAGUACUGGUUGUGUGUCUUUUGGCCUGUCUCUAAGAUGCAUUCCUCUCCUCCUUUCCUGUGGUUGUUUGCACUCACAAAGGGUCACUUAAAAAGAUGGUCUCAGAGUCAGGCCUUUUGGCUAAAGAUCAGGAUAGGCCACGUCCUCAGCUGGUGUAAAUGAUUGUAGAUCCUUUGAAGUCGGUGAGCUCUAUUGAAAUCAGUGAGACUAUGAUUGUGUACAUCAGCUGAGGAUCUGGCUCAAUGUACUUGGGGAUUGAGUUGCCAACUUCUUUAUCCAGACCAAAAUUGGGAUGUGGAAAAGAAAUGAGGCCAGGGCAUCUGUUUUAGUUCCACAGGAACCUAAUUCCAUAUGACUUAGGGCUGGUCUGCACAAUGGGGAUCGAUCUAAGAUACUUUGACUUCAGCUAUGCUAUUCACAUAGCUAAAGUCAAAGUAUCUUAGAUCGAUUUACCUCUCGUCCUAACAGCGCGGGAUCAACGUCCGUGGCUCCCCCUGUCGACUCCACUGCCGCCGUUCAUACUGGUGAAGUUCCAGAGUCGACGGGAGCAUGUUUGGGGAUCAAUCACUACCCGCCAAUACGGCAGGUAGUCUAGAUGUACCCUUACCUUUCAAAGGCCACGUCUGGUUUUGCUAUGAUGUUUUCUCUGAAGUACAUACAGAGAGGCAGUAUGACUUCAGUCGGAUCCACACUGGCACAAGAGCCUGCCUCUGUGUGUCCAGUUGUGGGAUUGAGGAUGAUAGCCAGACUUACUGCUCACUUUGGGGUGGUAGUCAUUGACUGGAUAACUGGCUGGCAACCCUAGACACAUACAGAUUCUGUUAAAGGGACACGAAUGUUUUUAAAAAACCCAAACCUUUUCUUUAUCUAUAUUCACAAUAUCACUUUGAAUUCUCACAAGGGAAAGAACUGAAAAUCUGGUGUGCUUUGUUAUUGCACUUCAUUCCAUUUCAACAUGUAAACUAAACUGGUCAGUUUCACUUUUUGUUUAUAGUCUACUUCACUUUCUGCUUCCCCAUCACUAGCAUCAUGGUGCUGUUUGUGUUUCAGAUGAAGAAGAAUAAUUAAAAAAAAAAAAAAGAUUCCCCUUGAAAUCUGUGUACUUCAACACUCUUUAUUUGGGUUUUGUAAAACUUUUUUCUUUGUAAAACCUAAAUUGGAGGCCAAUUGUCCUGAUCAUGUACCUUUUAAUGUAGAGAAAGUUGUUACACAGCGAAUUUCUCACUUUUGCCUAUGAGAGACACAAAAAAUGACUCUGCUAUGUAGAAAAGGGAAUCUGCAUAGAUGACCUCUCUGUUCAUAACAAUCUUUUGUGAUCAGUGCUAUGAUAUCUGUGUUGCUCUGGAAUUUUCUGAGUUGCACUUAAAGAAAAGCUUUUCUUUUUUCUUCCAUAGGGUGACUCUUAUCCUGUUUUAUGGUGUAUAAUGAAGGCCUGAAAGGUGUCGGAAGUUUUUAAGGAUUUUUUUUUUCUGCUUGGUUUUUGCAUGCAAGAUUCAGAUCCUCAUCUAGGCUGGAAGAGUGAUGAUAGGAGAGCUAGUGAAAUGGUGGUGUCCCAUGAGAGUGAAAGUUGGACAGUUGAUAGGAAAGGUUUUCUUUACUAGUUUAAAAUUUUUUUCUUUGUGUUAACACCCAUUUAAUGUUAACAACUAACUUACAUUUUGGAGAAAGGAAGUUUUUGUUUAACCCUGUCAGUUAUGGUAUGAGAUUUCAGACUAAACAUCCUACUAGCUUCCCAGAUGUCAUCCAGCAAGACCAGGGAAACCCCCUAGCUGAAAUUCCUGAUAUUUAAAAGAUAAAGAGCAAGUGAUCGUCUCUUCCUCUUUAAAGCAGGCCUUCUCUGUACAUCAUAAAGAAUCCAAAAGGAACACCAGCCUCGUUCUUUUUUGUAUUUUGUGACCAAAUUUUAACGUUCAAAUGGUGAUUUUCUCCCCUCCCGCGCCCCCCACAGCCAAUAUAUUACUGUAUAUGAAACUUACAAUUUGGAGUUAAAAAUACACUGCCAGUAAAUCUGUUUCAGAAGGAAACAAAGAGCUCUGUGGCAAAUACAGGUUUGAAGCAGCCUCUCCCCCUAAGAGAUGCUGCUCUUACUAUGGAUAUCUGUGCUCCCAGCUGUCUGCUUUGCUCCCAUUUGGGUUCACACUGCAAUGUGGACCAGCAAUGUUGUUGCCAUGGUUAUUGGGCACGGAAAAGGGCCUGGAAAAUGCUGCUUUAUGGCCUCAGACAAAGAUCCAUGGAAAUAUCCCUUCCUUUCUCUCAUCUUCCCCCGCCACCGCCCCAGUUUUUAUUUUUGAAUUUCAGCAGAAUGACUGCACCCAGCGAGCCCUGUGUGGUAUGUCAGCGUGGGGCCUUUGUGAGCUGAAGUUCUUGGUGCUGAUGAACUCGCGCUGCUUCAGCCUAGUGAGGAAUCCUCUUUAGUGCCAAGAGACUUAAGGAGGGACCUGUAAAAUUCUGAACUCGGGAGCAAUUGCAUCUGCCUGAGAUCUGGAAUUUCAAAGGGGGGCUCUGGUGUUACUGCAGUAACUGUCUAGCUGGUGACCCUGCAGCCCGUCAAGUCAGAAACGCUUACAUUAGCAUUUAAUUCCAACCCCCCCAAGGCUAAGCCCUGUCCCUUCCUGGUAGGGCUGCCUGGUGCCACCCAUGAAUGCUGCAGGUGCCUGUUUAUUCUGAUCAUUCCAGCUGUGGAGGGGAGCAAUCAGCAUUGGUAUUGGCAGCUGUAGCCCAUUGAUUACAGUGGAAUCAGUUGCACUGGUGUAGAUCGCGUGUACGCUAGGACUUGGCACCAGUGGUUAAUAUCCCCGUGUGGACAAGGCCUUAGUGCAGCUCUAGAGCCCAAACUGUAGAAGUUUCCAUUAACAGAAGCGUGACUCCCUGUUAGUUCCAUACACUCUGCCCCACCCCCUUCCCGCUGGGCAUUACCAAAAGGGCCAGCACUUCCUUGCAGCUGGUGUAGCUAGGGCCAUUGGGGAACUGCAGUGCUCAAUGACUAGCUAACACCCUAUGGCCACCUUGCCAAGUCCAAGUGCAGAACCCACCCCUAUUAAGGGCCUGAGAUUGGAUUAAUAGCAGGCAGGAGUGCAGCUCCCAUCCUUGCAAAGCUUUGCUUGAAGAAGGAGAGCAGGAUCAGGGUAAAGAGUUCAAGGCGAGUCCUGUAUCUUCAUUCCAGUGUCAGAUUGAGUACCACCCAAUGACCCAGCAGGGAGCUUGCAGGCCCAUGUCUCACAAGGUUUUCAGAACAUACCCAAACACUCUGGAAGCCAGGAAUGUUGGGUUUAUACCCAAAUCCCCUUUUCACUGGCUUCAUGAACUCAGCAAAGCAUGUGUCUGGCACCAUCAUUGUACCAGUGUGUGCGCUACAGCUUUCAGCAGUGUGUUCUGUCUGUUGGGGAGGGAGAGGCCUGGGGCAGGGUCUGAGACUGGUACAGGGGAGGGGAGACUUUUUUUAAAAAAAUGUAUUUAAUACUGUAUGUUAAAAGGACCUGCUCACAUCCCUGUUUCCCUGGAGACAGUCUCCUGUCACUCCAGCAAUGGAGGCCUAGAAUGCAGAAAUGCUGACUUUUUUUCUGUAUGGGAAAGCGGUGAUCUAUUUCCCAUGAUCCCAUGACUUUAUUUGCUGGUGAUUCUUCUGGCAACUGCUUUUCUGGUUGGGAACUUGAUUUGAGGUUGCAACACUGGCUGGCUCAGGGGCUCAGACAGAAGCACACUAGUGUGUUGAAGCUGAAUGCUCGUGAAGAGAUUACCUGUUGCAAGAGGGAGAUCAGUGGCUGUGAUGAUUACACCUAAAAUGGAUUCCCUGGAACAACCUCUUGAAGGUUCCAAGAGAGUGUUAAGCCUCUGAUACUGGUGUUUCUGUGGACUAUGCUUGUGCAUGGGCAUAGAAUGCCCAGCCUGUUGCUUUUGUAGGACGUGCCUGCUAUUGUCCCUUUCUGAUAUAUGCACCUCCAGGUUUGUGUGUGCCGCACUGUGAAACAUCUUUGGCUUGUUUCUUUCCAUCUUAGAAACAGGAAGGCUAAAAUUUUCAGAAGUGACCUCUGAUUUUGGCUGCUUGGUUCUUGGGUGCCCAAACUCGGGUAGUUUGGGCCUGAGGUUUUUUUGGAAGAGCUGAGCACCCCAAAUUCUAAUUGAAGUCAUUGGUGCCUCUGGAAAUUUGGCUCACGACAUCUCAAAGUAGGUACCUAAAAUCAGGCUACUUUCAAAAAUAUUCAUUCUAAAUUUAUAACUAAUAGACGUGGCUGGGAUCCUGACAGCCAAGACUUUGGCUUGGGACCCCAUCAACAAAAGCCAGUGUUUAGACCUAGCAAUUUUGAGUAUUUCCCUUGCAGAUGUCUCAGAGUAGCUAAGAGGUGGUGUGGGAAACACAGACAGAAAUAAUUUAGUCUCUCAAAAUGCAGACUCACCCGGUGUAAUGAGCAUCCAGCAGGCUAAGCUGACUGGUAAUUGUGACUCUCUUCUAGGAGAUCUGACACUGUCCUCGCCAUUCAGUGUUCCUGGAGUCAGCAGGAAAAGGGCCUCCAUGGUAGGGGAAGAGGAAAAGCAUGAUGUGUGGACCAGUGCUAGUGAUCAGCAAGAUAACAUAAGUUUUGAGAUGGUGCUUUGACAUGGAUUUCUGCUUCCUUUAACUGCUUUGUAGUGGUCUAUGAUUGAGGGUGCUUGUGGCUUUUCCAAAUAGCUUUUGGGAGCACUAGUUGCUGAUCACCUAGCUGUGUAUGCAUGCAGAGCCUCGUGCCCCAUGAUACUCUGCUUCAGGUGCUUGGUUGGAAUGGGGACCCAUGGAUGUCCCAAUGUCUGCCCUAAGCCUUGCAGUAGAGGCCAAGAGGUUUGGCCUAUCAGGACACAGUUACAAAAUCCAAAGGCAAACAUGAGAGUAUUGGCUCCAAAAACCUGUGAGCCAAGAUCUGUAGUCCAGGUCUAUUACCCCUUUGUCCCACCACAGUGACUUUUUGUAGUGCAUGCAGCACUAGGAGUCUGUCAGGCUGUCUUUGCCAUCCAGCUCUGCCUGUGGCCUACCCCACAAGGGCUGUCUACACUGGAGAAAUUGUCUAACCAGUUAAGCUAGACCAACUUUUUUUUUUUUUUUUUAAUGAAAUAGCCGGGAACCAUUGCCUAGCCCUGGACUGAAGCAGUUAAGGCAGCCUGACCCAGUUAGAAGGCCAAGUGGUCAAGGCUACUGCUCUGAUCGGGUUUUAAAACCGAUUUAGCUGUGCUGACUUGAGAGCAGUUAACAAAUCUGCCCAAUGUAGACAGACCCUUAAUGCCAGUGUGUGUAAGAUCCUUGCAGUUAAGUGAAUCAUUGAAGGCCAGAAUUCUAUGACAUAUGGAAAAACAAAGCAGAGGUCACAGCAUUACAGUGGCUGAAUGCUGCAGUUUCCAUCAGCUAUGGCCACUGCAACAGUCAUUGUAGCUUCAUUAUACACAGUUCAUCUGUGUGAUGUGCCCUGAGCAUAGGCACCUUGAACAGAUUAGUCUCCUUUGUCAAUAGACUUUUUAGACUAGAUGAUAGAAUCAGGUGAGGUGGUUUGUAACUGACCCCUAAGGGUGAGUGAGUGUGGUGUAGUGGCUAAUCACAGGAAUGGGAGAUGGGAAUUCUGGGAUCCACCUGGCUCUGCUGCUAAUUCAAGAGCCCCAGUAAGAUGGGGAAAAAUCCUUGCCUACCUUGCAGACAUGGUAAGGCUUAAUCCGUUUGUCUCUUGAGAUAAUCAGCUGGAAGAUACUACAGAAUGCAGCUUACGGGUAUUACAAGAAGGGUUGACUGUUAUUCAAAUAUGAAUUGAACUGAGCAUUCAGGCCCAAUUAAAUUUCAUGUGUCUUGUGGAAACCUGACGGGAUGCAAGAACGAUAAUGUAAAUUAGCAUGGCUCCAUUCUGGCUAUCACAUCAGCUGAGGAUCUGGCCUUUACUUUGCAAUGAACAUGCACAAAGCAGAAUUUUUUUCUUAAAUCUGCACUAUGUAGCCACUGCUUCUUCUGGAUGUACAGAUUGUUUGCAAUAGGUUCUCUAAGUCACCGUAAUGAGACCAGCUGGGAUAUUCCACUCUAGCCUGAUGUUCACUUGUCCUUAGUCUCAUCCAUUCCUAACUAAUCAGAUGUACAGGGUGUGAAAUCUCUUGCAUUCCUGCAAAGUUCAGGGAGAGCAGAGCAAACUGUUGACUGGCCUGCAAAUAUUGCUGAUGCUUUUGGGAACCUCAGGCUGUCUAUGGGCUUUUGUAGGACAUGCGUGCUGUUGUCCCCAAUGGACUUUGUGAGGCAUGUGACACGUUAAAUGUGUGUUUUGUUGUUGUGCACUCACCAAAAAAGGAGCCGUUGGCUUGGAUUUUUUUUUUUGUUUUUUAAAGCAGCCGUGUGAGUGCAGGUUAAUAACAAACUGAGGCCAUGGUACAUGGCACUCGAGCAGGAACUGGAAGAGGCACAGAGAACUGGAGGGGGGGAGCCAUGGCGCUUGAGUCUGGUGAUGGUAGAAAAGGUUUUUUGGAGGGUAGGGGAUAGGGAGUGGCUACAGAAGGGUUCUGAUGUUCAGUGGCACUUGGUACCUGCUGUUCCCAUUAACUCUAAGGUUGAAGGUUCAGCACUAGAGCUGGUCAGAAUGGGCUUUUUUCCCCAUGGAAAAUUGAGAGAGAGUGUGUGUGUGUGUGUGUGUG